GUGCGCGCAGUGAAGCUUCCUGCGUACCCGAAAACCGUGUGACGGAUGCCUUGCAUUAAAAAAAAUAAGCUAUUCUUGGAAUAUCAAAUGUAUCCGUGUUAUACAUUCUGUGGAAAAUAAGAAAACUUGCAGGUGCGAGUAAAGGGGAGAAACCGGCUGGACGCACGUGAAUUUCUCACUUAUCCAAAGCCAGGAAAUAGAAAGGAGGAACGCGUUGCCAGCAAGUGCCGCAAAUUGGACUUUCCACCAUCAGCAACCCUCCCUCUCCUCUCCUCUCUCCUCUUCUCUCUCUCUCUCUCUCUCUCUCUCUCUCUCUCUCGCCAUCCGUGCUCCUCCUCUGUAUGUCUCCCCACUUACUCCCAUCCAACCUCCUUCUCCCAGUCUCCUUUAGUGAUCCCAGAAUAGCCUCACACCGGAGCGCUCUCUAAAUAUUUGUGGAGGGUUUUGGAUUUCGGGGUGACUUGGGAGUCGCUGGAGAUGGAUUAAAGAGACGGUGCACCGCGAAACUGGAGCAGCACACGCGACCACGCCGGGGGGGAAGGGGGCGACGGGACUCGGUGAAUUCACGGAGCCCCCGGGACAGAGGCUGUGACUGGUCCCACCCCAAGAUGACAUCCCCCAAAAACAAAGCCAAGAAGAAACCACCCAAAGACAGCAUGACGCUGCUGCCGUGCUUUUAUUUUGUAGAGCUCCCAAUCGUCCUGUCCUCCUUGGUGUCCCUGUACUUCCUGGAGCUGACAGAUGUGUUGUCCCCGGCGAUGGUGGGCUUCCGUUGCCAUGACCGUGACCUCUCCAUGCCGUACGUGGAGACGGGGGAUGAGCUCAUCCCUCUGCUGAUGCUGCUGAGUUUGGCCUUCGCUGGUCCUGCAGCGUCCAUUAUGAUGGGGGAGGGCCUGAUGUACUGUUUGCAGUCCAAACUGAAGACGUGUCCCAAGUCGGAGAGUAGCAUCAAUGCCGGAGGCUGCAGCUUCAACUCCUUCCUACGCAGAACCGUGCGCUUCGUCGGUGUUCAUGUAUUCGGUCUCCUGGCAACAGCCCUGGUGACAGAUGUCAUCCAGUUAGCAACUGGUUACCACGCCCCUUUCUUCCUCACCGUCUGCCAGCCCAAUUACACGGCCCCGGGAGUCUCAUGUGACAACAAUGCCUACAUCACACGGGACAUCUGCAUGGGCAAAGACCAGUAUGCCAUCAUGUCAGCGAGGAAAACAUUUCCAUCCCAGCAUGCAACGCUCUCUGGCUUCGCUGCUGUCUAUAUCUCCAUGUAUUUGAAUGCCAGCAUCAGCUGCACGACCAAGCUGCUGAAGCCUUUGCUGGUGUUUGCUUACUGCAUGGCGGCAGGCCUCGCCGGGCUGACGCAGAUAACUCAGCACCGCAGUCACCCAAUAGACGUCUACGUGGGAUACGUCAUAGGAGCCGGCAUCGGAGUCUACUUGGCUGUGUACGCAGUGGGAAACUUCAAAGCAUCAGACGAAGACGCUCCCUCUUUACAGAGACUGACCCCAGCUCAGCAGAAAGAUGGCUUGAGGGUGCUGAGCCAGCGGAGUCAUGACUCCCUGUACAGGAAGACUCCCAGGGUGUCUGAGAGCAGAGAGGAGCUGGGAGCUGGGCUGGGGUCCGGGGCUCGCAGUAAGGUGAGGAGGGAGAAGGCAUCCCUGGCCUCCCUCAAACGAGCCAGUGCUGAUGUGGAGCUCCUGGCAACCCGGGGUCCAAUGGGCAAGGAGACCAUGGUAACCUUCAGCAACACCUUGCCCAGAGUCGCAAACGGCAACAGCCCCAUCUCCCCCUCAGAUGAGCUGCCCACCACGCAGCGUCACAUGACUUUCCAUGUGCCCUUCGACCCCCAGAGGUCUCGGCAGCUGGUGUCAGAGUGGAGGCAGCGCUCGAUAGAGGUCCGCAGCCAGAGCUCACGGGAUGAGGAGGAGGGAAUGGACGGGAGGGAUGGAGGAGAUGAAGGAGCAGCAGCCGGAGAAGGAGAGCAGGAGAUGCCUUCCUCUCUUUAUCCCACAGUGCAAGCCAACAAGGGCACCGCCACACCAACCGGAGCCAGGAUGGUGGUGGCACCCCCACUCGUUCACAUCCCUGAGGAGGCCUCUCGGCCACCGCCUGUCUCCCCCAAGAGUGCCAAAACACGCGCCAAGUGGCUGUCGCUCACCGAGGGAGGGGUGAAGGAGCCAGGAACAGGACCGAUCGCAGUGUCGACACCCCGUGUGCCCAACACGCAGCCCAACCAGCCGCCCAGCCAGCAAAGAGUCACUCAGGUGAUAGCCAUGUCUAAGCAGCAGGGUCACGGAGUCUCUUCGUCCACCAAGGCGUCAGAAGGUGGAUCCUCCUCCGGUGGUGGGUCCAACUGCUCCGAGUCGCCCUAUUACAGGAUCCCAUCUGAUCGUGACAGCUGCACUGGGAGCAACCCAGGGAGCAUCGCCGGAAGCGGGAGCAUCGUCACAAUCGAUGCUCACGCCCCUCACCACCCAGUGGUGCGUGUGUCGGCCACUAACGGCAAGCCGUGGGAGUGGAGAAACACCAUCAGCGGGAACAUGAUGGCCGCCGACACGGCAGGGGACCAACACCGCGUAGCGCUGCAGCGACAGGACAAUGUCAAUCACUACCGGGACUACCGGACACUCCCAGUGAAAACGGACUCGCUGUGCUCCUCCUUGGCCAGCGGCAGCGUCGAAGGUGGACCGGAUCUGCCUCCCCCGCCCCCCCCCACCUGCUCCUCCCCUCUGCCUCCCCCUCCUCAGCUGUCAUCCCCUCUACCGCCACCGCCUCCUCACUCGUCUCCUUCCCCCUUGCCUCCCCCUCCUCACCCAAGCUCCUCUCCAAUGCUUCCUCCUUUCCCUCACCCGGCCUCCUCUCACAUGCCUCCCCCUCCUCACCUGUCCUCUCAGAUGCCCCCACCACCCCUCCCAUCAUCCUCCCAAAUGCCCCCGCCUCCACAUCCAUCCUCUUCCCCUUUGCCGCCACCGCCUCACCCCUCAUCCUCCAUGCCUCCACCUCCCCACCCGUCCUGCUCCAGCAUGCUUCCCCCUCCUCCCCAUCCCGACUUACUGAUGGAUGGCCAUAGCCAGGCGCUGUCCCGCUCCUCCACCCUGCCUCGUCGGCCCUCUGUCUCCGCCCGCAGCCACGCUGAGCAGGAGCACUACUACAAGGCCAUGCAAAAUGAGCGCAUGUUAUAGUAAAGACACCAUUGUCAUACCAAUGAUUGUACUUCAGAAGACUCGGCUGAAAGAGACAGUGAAACAAAGUAAGUUGUGGCAGGUGAAUAGAGAUUUAUGACUUUUGAAAAAUGACAAAAAGGUUUAGAGACUCUGAGACCAGAGCAGCAGCUUGGGUCAAAAUGCUGGACAUGAAGAGGCAGCGGGGGUGGAGGACCAUGGGGAGGUCUGGCAGCUCACACACACUCAGCAGGGGAUCUGAUUUUCUCCUGCUAACACGUACUGCCCACAGCGCCGGCUCAACAGCUCUGACUGGGAAAAGAACAGACAAGAAAGAGGAGACAAAAAAGAGCCGGGGGAAGAAUUAAAAACCCUAGUUUCAGCAUGCACAUCCUCCGUGUUUCUAUAAGACACAUUCAGAGAAGGAGUGGAAGAGGCUGCAGCUGAAAGAGAGAUAUCACAAUGAACGGUCUGGGAUUUGCUAAAUCAAGUUUCCCUUGAGAGGGGGGAUAAGACUGAGAAAACAAAACAACUACAGGCAAUACUAGCUCUCCUUCAACUAACGCAGCCUUUUGAGGCUGCCAGCCAUUACACAGAGAAUUUUCUGUUGUAACCAGUUGAAAAACUUGUGCUUUAAAGCACCCAGAAGCUACGAAUAAAGAAAAUAAUGCAGUAAUGUUAAAGCUUUAUUGCGUAACUUUUUUCAUAUUGAUGAACGUCUGUUCAUUCAAGCCAUCGCCAUAUGAGUUGCUACAAAGCUAAUUAAGACUAUCAGCUCCACACAACUCUCUCUGUAUUUCUCAGUAUGGCUGUGUUUAGAAAUUGUUGUCGUCCGGCGACUUUCGCACGCAGAAACUCGAGUGAAGAUAAUUACCUCUUCUGAAGAGUCCAUCAUGUUUUUUUAAUCCUCCGUGUCCUCCUUGGCUACUAGCAACUGCGUGGAGGAGGGGUGGGGGUGCGUGCUCGAUUAUGGAAGGCUUGUGUCGUGGAUACAACAGUGAUGUUGUCAUCGCUUAGAAUUCCUCAUGGGGGCGACAGAAACUACGCACUAUAGCUUUAAGUUCAACCACAGGUUCAAGAGUAUUUAGCCACAAACCACAAAAACAGUCUUUUUACCCCUCUGAGUACACAAACCAAAUUGGGAAAUGUAUGUUUGACGCCAAGCAAAUCUGUCAGUAUCCACCAGAGAGAGCCAGCUUAGGAAGCGUUGCUUCUGGUUGGGGUGUGAGAAGGAGGAUGAGAAGUGGGCAUAAGGAGGAUCACGCACAGUUGGGCACCCCGAUACAGACGUCACUGAAUGGAUUACUGUUGUAAACAUGAGAGGCGGUGGAAUGGAAAGAGAAUUGUUCCUAAAGUGAAGAGGGUGGCUGGGCAGCGCAGCACAGCGAGCCAGGCAGCCAGUCUGUCUUUGCUGUGUGCAAAACCUGCCACGGAGCCUGAAGCAGCACUAAGGAGAUUAACAUUUGUUUAUCAAACCAUGCUAGCAAACUCUUCCCUCCGUAGCCCUUCGCAUUUGGCCCUCUGGCACACAGUGGUGACGGGACUGUUAAUGGGAAGCUGCCUAGCCAGCAGUGCGGCACGCCAUCACCACCGACAUGCACUUUGACUCAAGCGGGUGCCGGUUGGAUGCGAAGAAGUGGCUCGUGUUGCUAGCAGUCUCUGAUUGUAGCUGUUAGCAUUUCAAAGAUGUUGGUACCACUUUCUAACUAUGCGUAUUUUAGGGGUUUAUAAGUUGUUGCUUUAUUAAUGAUCCUUUAUUUAUGCUUUAUGGAUCGCUACUAAAACAUUCUUAAGAACAACUUUUGGGUUGUCAGGUUGUAAAAUAUCUUUCAUUGUUGUACAUUUAAUUAAAUUCAAUUUUAUUUAUAGUGUCAUAUCAUAACAGAAGUUAUCUCAGGACACUUUACAGAUAGAGUAGGUCUAAACCACACUCUAUAAUUUACAAAGACCCAACAAUUCCCCCCAAGAGCAAGCAUUUGGUGCAAAUGUGACGAGGAAAAAUGUCCUUUAAACAGACAGAAACCUCAUGUAGAACCAUGUCUUUUGUUGGGCAGACAUUUGUCUUUUUAUCUAGCUAUUUCAUUUUUUUAGAAGGAGCUCUGCAGGAAGACUAAAUAAUGUUUACAAUAUUUACAUCUCCAGUCUUACAAUGCUUUAGUCUUCCAUCCAUCCAUUAUCUAUAUCCGUUAAUCCAAGUCACGAGAGAUUGCCAAGUCUGUCUCAGGGCUACCCAUUUUUAAGUAUGCCUUAUUAGAAAGUGAUACCACUAAACAGCCAACCAACACCAUGACGGGGCAGUAAAACCAUAAAAAUAUGUUGACAAAACAAUCUUGACUAAAGGUACACUUGAUUGCUCUGGAGCUUUUUACACAAUCCUCAUCUGGAGAUGAUGUCUGCUGGAUGUUCAGACAAACUAUGGGCAAACAACAUCUGCUGAUGAGGUCUAUGCAAUGCAGUCAAAAGGUCCAGAACAACACCUCCAGUCGAGAUUGUUUUGUCAAAUGCUGUUUCAUACAGUAUGUCAAGAAAGAGCUUACAACUCAAAGGUUUGCAUCUAGUUUUUACAUUUUUAGACAAAGCGAUUAACUGUAGAAUUAAUCUAAUUCUUUAUCGCUAAUUAAAAUAUUGCAGCCCUUAGAAAUACACUUCCAACAACAUCUACAAGUUGAGAGGAAGUGUGUGUUAUUCCUGCUCACCUCUGCCUGUUGUGUGUAUUUAUACUAUGUUGUAUAAAGUCGUUAUCUGGUACCUAUCAUUUCAUACAUCCAAGUUUUUUCUAACUAUCCGAAGAUAUUCCGUCAAAUGACAAGUGCUUUAUUUUAGAUCGUACCUUGAUCGUAUUUAAACGAGAAAUACAGACUCACAAACACACAGAUGAAAUAGUCACAACAUCUGAAGGGUUCAUGAACUGAUUUUGUUUAGUUGUGCUAGAAAGGGGCGAGGUAAAUGGAACAAGUUGUAUUUUGUAGUGGAGCUCCUCCGAUGAGGAGCUGGUAGAUAAUGUUGCUCGUCGGUUUGUGCUGCAUGUGUGUAUGAUCAUGUUUUUCUAACUUCUGUGCUUCAAGUCUGUGCCGUUACCUUUGACAGACAGACAUGCUACAUUUUUCAGUGCUGGUAAUUAUCGUACUACUUUCCCCCAUUUUGACUGUAAAAAAAUACUUGAUAUUACCUAAUAUUAUUAAUACUAUUAUUAUUCCGCAGUCCUCUUUUAUGGGCUAAUGUUUUCUAUUUGUGGUGGUGUGUAACAUUAAUAACCUGAUUGAAUAAAAAACGAAGACUUCUUAA